UGAAACCCAAAUGUUUUUAAGUUUACGCUUUCACAGUCAGUCGAGACUUGACGGUUGAGACCUACGCUCUGCUAAUCUAGCCAAGUCAAAAAUCCUCUCACACCGGCUAGCCGGAAAAUCAGCUCGACCCACCAGCCAUAACCUCCUUGCGCUGCCGCUGUCGAUUUUUCGUAUUCCGUCGACGGUUCCUUCUGCUCCAAACAGACGUCAUCAGUCUCUGGGCGCCAACCAAGUUUCAAAGGGCUAAAACUUGUUCACUCUCUAGCUUAGCCUUAGACUUAUAACGACUUGUAUGAGGCUAAAGUCCUGAAACUUUAGCAUUGGGGUUCAUUUUUCGUUAACAACUCUUGUAGGAGGCUGUCUGGCCAAAUUCCUCUUUUCUUCUUUUUAGCCUUUUAUUGCCAUCACUUUCUUCUUUCCAUGGAGGCUAAGAACCUGCUCUUUGUUUCUUCCCAAAACACACCAAUUCCAUCACUCCUGAACCCAAAAAAUUCAUUAUCUUUAUCUCUUGUUCAGUCUUGCAAGUCGUUCUCCUUUAGUGCCAAGAACCUCUUAGCACCACAAACUUUACGGCAUUCUAGAAGAGUAGAGUGUAUGAAUAGUGUACAAAAAGUUAAACAUGUUGUUCAUGAGGAGGAUACCAUAGCUGGGAUUAAGAAGAAAAAUCUGGCAGUUUUUGUGUCUGGCGGAGGGUCAAAUUUCCGGUCAAUUCAUGAUGCAUGUGUUGGAGGCUCCAUUCAUGGAGAUGUCGUCGUUUUGGUCACAAACAAACUUGGUUGUGGAGGUGCAGAGUAUGCAAGAGACAAGGGCAUCCCUGUUAUUCUGUUCCCUAAAAGUAAAGACAAAGCCAAUGGUCUGUCUCCAACCGACCUUGUAGCUGCUCUUAGGAAAUUUGAGGUUGACUUCAUUCUUCUAGCUGGAUAUCUAAAACUCAUACCAGUGGAGUUGAUCCGAGCUUUUCCAAGAUCCGUGCUAAAUAUCCAUCCAUCACUUCUUCCGGCAUUUGGAGGCAGAGGCUAUUAUGGUAUGAAGGUGCAUAAUGCCGUCAUUGCCUCUGGAGCUAGAUACUCUGGUCCAACCAUUCAUUUUGUUGAUGAGCAUUACGACACUGGACGUAUCCUUGCUCAAAGAGUUGUCCCCGUGUUGUGGAACGACACAGCACAGGAUCUGGCUGCAAGAGUUCUUCAGGAGGAGCAUCGUCUAUAUGCGGAGGUUGUGGCAGUGUUAUGCGAAGAACGAGUAAUUUGGAGGGAAGACGGUGUCCCUAUCAUCCAAAGCAAAGAAGACCCCAAUGACUACAACUGAUUCAACCAAGCACUAGCAUUUUUCCCCCAGGCUUCUGAAAUUCUUGAGCUCCAUUUUGGUAAAGUUUAGUAUUCUUCCAGCAUUACUGAGGCUAGAAACCUUCAAAGUACUAAGCAUGUAUGUAUACAACUAAAUUCUUUUAUGCUUGGUGUCCUUCUGUAGUGCAGGCCGUUGUGCUUUAUUGAAGACCCUGACAGAUACGCCAAUAGUUUUAUGCAUUGCAGACGCACUUCAAAUUAAGUCCUAUCUUAUGCUUAUAAAUUAAUUUUUCAUCACUCUGCCCAGAAGAUGAUGACAAAUUUUCCUGGAAUUUGCUACAUUUGAAUUUGUUUAUGAAGUAAACCGGAAUUAGACAUA